AUGUUCUUCAAGCACAAUUGAAGAGUUCAGUUAAAUAUGUAAAUCAAAUAAUAGUGACCACUAUUGCACGAAUGAUUUGUUAUUGGUUACGAUAUGCUACAAAUUAUAUUCAAGUAUUUAAACGCAGAUCUACUUUAUAUAUAAGCCAUGGUGAAGAUAAAUUUGGCAACAGUGUUGGACUUUCACUUUGACGUAAACAUAACCUAUAUAACUUUGGUAUUUGUGAUAAUAUACUUUAUACAUAAAUGUUCCGUAAAUUAUUCCACAUUUACGAUAAUUAUGUACAGCACAAUUGUUACUCAAAAUCUAAAAUCAAAAUCGUCAAGUACGUGUGUUGUAGUUUUUAUUUCAGACUUUCUUCGAUAAUGCAAUACAGUGAUAAUGCAGUACAGUGAUGUCACAUAAAUUUUGAUUGAAUACAUUGAAACUUUACUUUACAACACAAUCCUCCACAUUGUUAUGAAAAAUUAAAAACAAAUAGCUCUUAUUCUAUAGACUAGCAUCACUAUUGAAAAUUAAAGCGGUAUUUACUGAUUAGGUUAUGUUUACGUUGAGAUAAGAAUUCUAACACUGUUGUCACUUGUACCGUUUAUAUCACGUCUAUCGUGAUUCGCAUUUGAUAUACAAUACCCGAAAGACACGGUUCAAUUACGAAAUUAUAUAGAUUAACCCAAGAAAAAAUAAAAAUAUCAAUAAAAUAUAACAAUAGGUGCACGUUACUGAAUAUUGAAUUUUAAUAGAAAUUCUUAUUGAUGAUUAAAGGUUCUGACGUACAAUAUUUUUCAAUAAAAAAUGCCAGAAUUACCACGAAUUACAAGAUCUCUGCGAAUGUUUACAAACCUUGGACGUAUUAAAAGUACAAGGGAACUAGAACCAAACAACUUACUUAAAAAAGGAAAAGAACAGCAUAACAGAGUGAAAAGGAGAAUGUUCUUAUGAAGUCAUCGAUGAAUUUUUAAUGUUUACUUUAGAACUAUUACUCAAUGAAAAGAUGUUAACCAACACAAAAUUUACAAUUUUAAGAAAAAAAGCUGGAAAUUUAACAUUUGAAGAUGCUCAAAAUAUGUUGGAGAUAAUUAUAAUAAUUCGGGAAAAAUUAAAUGAAAAUAUUUUAACACUGAUAGAAAAUAAAAAAAGAAUUACCAAUGAUAUUGAAAUAUCAGAAAAUAAGUUAUUUGGCCCGAAAAUUGAAUAUAAAUCUGCAAGAGUGUUGUGGCCAGAUACUGGAACGCUUCGUAGUAUGUCUUUAGAAAACAAUAUUCAAAGUACUGACAAUUUUUCAAUGGAAUAUAGAAACGAGGAGACAAAACUACUUAAAACUAAAUUUGAUAAGGCGGUAUAUAAAGAAAAUUUGAAUGUAUACUAUGAAAAGUAUUAUUCGACAAUGUCUCGAGAAGCAUUUGACAAUACUAUAAUUAAUAAAUUACAAAAUGAAAAUUCAGAAAGUGAAUUAUUUGAUUUCCUUGGUUGUGAAUCCAUAGAUUUUAUACAAUACAUUAUUGAACAUCGAAAAAGUAUUAUAGCUUUGAAUUCCGAUUUGAAAGUACAAAAAAAGUCUAACAUCCAAAGACCUGUGAUCAGUGGACAAGUAACCAUACAGUCUGAAAAAGAAAAACAGUUGUGGAAAGAUGUACAAAAACAGAAAAAAAAAUUUAACAAGAUAUCAAGUAAACGAGAAAAGAAAGGAGAAUCCGAAGAAAAUGAUUUUGAAUCGGUAGAAUUGCGCUUAAAACAGAACGAAGCAUUAAUAGAGAUGCAUACACCCAUAUUUAAAAAAAAUGUUACAGACAGAAACACACGAGAAAAAUUUCCCUUUGUAUUUGACUCCAAUGUGUCCAGUAGAACUACAGCUGGUUACGUAUCGAAACAAAAAAUAAUGUUACCACAAAAUGCAGAGAGAAAAGAUACAGAAAUGUUCGAGGAAGUUUCUAUACCUAUUCCAGAGUCUCAACCCAUUGAUGUAAAGUACAAAUCUGUUAUGGUAGAUUCGUUAGAUGAUAUUGGACAAAUGGCUUUCAGCGGUAUCACAUCGUUAAAUGUAAUACAAAGUAUAGUAUUUGAUGCAGCAUAUCAUACUAACGAGAAUUUAUUAAUUUCUGCCCCAACGGGCGCUGGAAAGACUAAUGUCGCUAUGUUAACUAUAGUACAUCAAUUAAAACAACACAUUGAACAUGGUCAGUUAAUGAAAAAUCAAUUUAAAAUAAUUUACGUAACCCCAAUGAAAGCUUUAGCAGCUGAAAUGACAGCAAAUUUUAGUAAAAGGCUGCAAUGUCUUGGUAUAUCCGUUCGUGAAUUAACUGGAGAUAUGCAAUUAACUAAAUCAGAGAUUCAACAAACGCAAAUGAUCGUUACCACACCAGAAAAAUGGGAUGUUGUUACUAGAAAAGGUACUGGAGAUAUAUCUCUCACUAGUAUCGUUAAACUAUUAAUUAUCGAUGAAGUGCAUUUGUUGCAUGGUGAUAGAGGGCCUGUAGUCGAAGCAUUAGUUGCUCGAACUUUAAGACAAGUAGAAUCUUCACAAAGCAUGAUCAGAAUUGUUGGCCUCUCUGCAACUUUGCCAAAUUAUUUAGACGUCGCAAGAUUCUUAAGAGUGAAUCCAUACGUAGGACUCUUUUAUUUUGAUCACCGAUUUCGACCAGUACCUCUUAGUCAAACAUUCAUCGGUGUAAAAGCUACAUCACUGUUACAAGAAUUAUAUUACAUGGAUCAAGUAUGUUACAAUAAUGUUUUAGAUAUGGUACGCAAAGGACAUCAAGUGAUGGUAUUUGUACACGCACGAAAUGCUACUGUUCGAGUGGCAAACGUACUGAAACAGUUAGCAAUACAAGAUAAUACAUAUAAAUUAUUUAUACCUGAAGGUCAAGCAAAAUUUACAAAUAAAGCUUUUGCCAAAUCACGUAACAAAUAUCUAAUUGAAUUAUUUAAUAACGGAUUAUCAGUACAUCACGCUGGUUUAUUGCGUUCGGAAAGAAAUUUAGUUGAAAAAUACUUUAGAGAAGGUUUAAUCAAGGUAUUAGUAUGCACGUCGACAUUAGCUUGGGGUGUAAAUUUACCUGCACAUGCAGUUAUUAUAAGAGGAACAGAAAUAUAUGAUGCAAAACAUGGUGCAUAUAUCGAUUUAGAUAUAUUAGACGUUUUACAAAUUUUUGGUCGUGCUGGUAGACCACAAUUUGAUGUAUCUGGUCAUGCUGUUAUUAUUACUUCCCAUACUAAAUUAUAUCACUAUUUAUCGUUAUUAACAAACCAAGUACCCAUUGAAAGUAGUUUCAUCAAAUAUUUGGCUGAUAAUUUAAAUGCUGAAAUUGCAUUAGGUACGAUAUCAAAUGUAGAAGAAGCUAUAAAAUGGCUAAGUUACACCUAUUUAUUUGUUCGAAUGAAAUUAAACUAUCACGUUUAUGGAAUUCCUUAUCAAGUUAUUAUGGAAGAUCCAAAUUUAGAACGAAAAAGAAAAGAGUUAAUCGAUACAGCAGCUAAAGAGUUAGACGAAGCUAAAAUGAUUCGAUAUAAUACAAAUACCGGAGAUCUAAGUGCAACAAAUCUAGGACGUAUUGCCAGUCACUUUUAUCUCAAAUACGACACUAUCGAAAUUUUUAAUAAACUUAUAAAAUCAUUUAUGACUGAAGCAGAAAUAUUUGCUAUGAUAUCUCAGUCUCAAGAAUUUGGACAACUGAAAGUGCGAGAGGAUGAAAUGGAAGAAUUGGAAGAUAUGGUUCAAGAAUAUUGCGAACUUAAAGUUGAAGGUGGUGCAGAAAAUAUACAUGGUAAAGUGAAUAUUCUAUUGCAAACGUAUUUAUCACACGGUCGAGUUAAUUCGUUUUCAUUGAUAUCCGAUCAAGCAUAUAUCGUACAAAAUGCAGGACGCAUUUGUCGUGCAUUGUUUAAUAUCAUGUUGGGACAGAACAAUGCAACAAUGGCUGGUUGUUUAUUAGAAAUAGCAAAAAUAAUUGAGGUGCAACAGUGGGGUCAUAAAAGUCCUUUGUGUCAGUUUCAUUGUUUAUCUCCAGAAAUUGUUGAUAAAAUAGAAUCAUAUGAUUUGACAAUUGACAGAUUAAAUAAUAUGAAUGUUAAAGAAAUAGGGGAUAUUUUGUAUAAUCAGAAAGUCGCAGUAUUGGUGAAAAAAUGUUGCGAAGAAUUACCUGCGAUAGAAAUGGAAGCAAAUAUACAGCCUAUUACUCGCACAGUUCUAAGAAUACGUUUGAAAAUAUCUCCUCAAUUUCGAUGGAACGACAACGUUCAUGGUAAAACUUCAGAACCAUUUUGGAUAUGGAUAGAAGAUCCAGAAAGCGAUGUUAUUUAUCAUCAUGAAUACUUCAACAUGUCAAGAAAAAUGGUUUACAAUAAUCUUGAACAAGAGCUUGUAAUGACCAUACCAUUACACGAACCAUUGCCUUCUCAGUAUAUAGUGAAAGCAACAAGUGAUCGCUGGUUAGGUUGUGAAAAUAUGCUGCCUCUAACAUUUCACGAUUUAAUUUUACCUGAAAUGUAUCCACCGUAUACUAAACUGUUAGAGUUACAACCGUUACCUGUAAAAGCAUUGAAAGAACCAUUAUUUGAAAAACUUUACAAGUUCUCUCAUUUUAAUCCAAUACAGACACAAAUUUUUCAUUGUUUGUAUCAUACGGAUAAUAAUGUUCUACUAGGAGCUCCAACUGGUUCAGGGAAAACAAUUGCUGCAGAGAUUGCCAUAUUCAGAGUAUUUAAACAAUAUCCAACGCAAAAAGUUGUAUACAUUGCACCAUUAAAAGCUUUGGUCAGAGAACGAAUGAAGGAUUGGAAAGUUAGAUUCGAAGAGCAACUAGGGAAGCAAGUAGUAGAACUAACUGGAGAUGUAUCACCGGAUGUUAAAAUUAUAGCAAGUGCGAGCGUUAUUGUAACUACACCGGAAAAAUGGGACGGUAUCAGCAGAAGCUGGCAAACAAGAACUUACGUCAAGAAUGUGGCGCUCGUUAUUAUAGACGAAAUACACUUGUUAGGAGAGGAUCGUGGUCCUGUAUUGGAAGUUAUUAUUUCAAGAACUAAUUUUAUUUCUAGCCAUACUUCAAAGAAAUUAAGAGUUAUUGGACUUUCGACAGCGUUAGCUAACGCAGUGGAUUUAGCUGAUUGGCUUGGUAUCAAAGAAAUGGGUCUUUACAAUUUUCGUCCGUCUGUACGACCUGUACCAUUAGAAAUUCAUAUACAUGGAUUCCCAGGAAAAAAUUAUUGUCCACGAAUGGCAACAAUGAAUAGACCAACUUUUCAAGCAAUUAAACAACAUGCCCCAUCUAGUCCAUCUUUAGCGUUUGUCUCAUCACGCAGACAAACACGUUUAACUGCGUUAGAUUUAAUUGCAUACCUUGCAGCAGAAGAUAAUCCUAAGCAAUGGCUACAUAUGUGCGAGGAAGAAAUGAAUACCAUUUUGGAUCAUGUAAGAGACUCAAAUUUGAAACUUACACUUGCUUUUGGAAUUGGGCUUCAUCAUGCUGGUCUUCAAGAUAGAGAUAGGAAAACUGUUGAAGAAUUAUUCGUUAAUAAUAAAAUUCAGGUAUUGAUCACAACAGCUACUUUAGCUUGGGGUGUCAAUUUUCCUGCUCACUUGGUCGUAAUAAAAGGAACAGAGUAUUACGAUGGUAAACAACACCGUUACGUAGACAUGCCUAUCACAGAUGUGCUCCAAAUGAUAGGACGCGCCGGCAGGCCUCAAUUUGAUAACGCUGGAGUAGCAGUGGUUUUAGUACACGACUUGAAAAAAAAUUUUUACAAGAAAUUUUUACACCAACCAUUCCCGGUAGAAUCAAGCUUAUUAGCUGUUUUACCAGAUCAUAUAAAUGCUGAGAUUGUGGCUGGUACAAUUAAAAAUAAACAAGAACUAUUGGAUUAUUUAACUUGGACAUACUUUUUUAUAAGAUUAAUGAAAAAUCCUAAAUAUUAUGACUUGAAUGGCUUAGAACUUCAUACAAUUAAUCAAUAUUUAUCUUCUUUGGUGGAUAAUACGUUGAAGGUGUUAAUAGAUUCACAUUGCGUGGAGUUUGGCCAGGAAGAACAAAUUUUAUAUCCACUUCCAAUGGGUAAAAUAGCGUCAUUUUAUUAUUUAUCGCAUCACACUAUGUUAAUGUUUGAAGAAUCAUUACAAGAAUCUUUAACAUUGGAGCAAUGUUUACAUAUUUUGUGCAAUUGUCACGAAUACAAUGAAUUACCAGUAAGGCACGACGAAGAAUUAUUAAACGAAGAAUUAAGCAAAAUGUGUCGUUACCAAGUAGAUAAUUACUCGUAUGGAUCUCCACAUACUAAGGCGUUCUUAUUACUUCAAGCACAUUUUUCAAGGCUUCCUUUGCCAUGUGUAGAUUAUAUUACCGAUUUAAAAUCAGUUCUUGAUCAAGCAAUUAGAAUUAUUCAAGCAAUGAUGGAUACAGUUGCGGAACAUGGAUGGUUAACAAGUACAAUUAUGAUAAUGAAUUUACUUCAAAUGCUUAUUCAAGCUCGAUGGAUCGAUGAAUUUGCAAUUAUUACGUUACCACACGUAAAUUCAGAACAUGUACAAUUAUUUUCGACAUUGUCACUAUGUCUUCCGAAACUGUGUUUUACCAUGCGUGACAAGUAUAAUAUACUCGUACAGGUGCUUGGCAAAGACUUUCAAGAAGAACAAAUAUAUCAAAUACAUCAAGUAAUGAAAGAAAUGCCAAUGCUUUGUAUCGAUCUCAGUUUAGAAAUGGACGAUGGAAAACAGAAGUUUAGAUCGCUAAAGUCUAACGAUUCUGAUUAUAUAAAUAUUCACAAGGAUCAAGAUUACAUCUUAAAUAUUGCAAUGAAAAGAAAAAAUAAGUCUGAUAAUUUGAAAGCACACUGCCCUUUAUUUCAAAAAGGGAAGGACGAAUGUUGGUUUUUAGUUCUAGGUAAUAUUUCUGACAGAGAAUUAUUAGCUUUAAAACGGGUAUGUGGAAUAAAUGAACAACGCAUAUCUCACCAAUUACAAUUCACAGCACCAUCAAAUCUAGGACGAAUGAUCCUAUCGUUUUAUUUAAUAUCCGAUUGUUACAUUGGAUUGGAUCAACAAUACGAUAUAAAAAUAAAUAUAAUACCUUAAAAUAUAAAUUUUAUUUUAUUUAACAAAUGUACUAAUUUUUUCUAAAAGAUAAAUGUAAACCGGUUGUUUUUAUAAAAUCUGUUAUUUUACUAAUAUUUAUCAAGUUAAAAUUUUAAUAACCGUAAGUACCGUAAGUACUGUACUAAAUAAUUUAAAUAUAUUUAACUUAGAAAAUUUUUUUAUAUUUAUUUUUUAAAAAAGAUGCAUAUAAAUUU